AUGGAAGCUUAUUCUGCAUCUCCCGCUCCAGUCCACGACAAUGCGCACAUUCUCUUUCCCAGAGAGAAUGCAAUUGUAAGCACCCAUAUCUACGAUUUUGACGGGCGCUUAGCUACCUAUGCAGCGAUCUUGUUCAUGCUGCUCCUCUUCUUACUCGGCUCCAUGGCCGGCUUUGCCAUCUUCUUUGGCCGCCGCCAGACCACCACCGACGGCAAUGGCGCAAACAAUAAUAUCGGUAAUGGGGAUGCCGAGUUUAACAGGGAGGCGUCUCCCGGGCUGGAACAAAAAGUGAUCGAGAGCUUCCCGGUUUUCAGAUACAGUCUGGUCAAGGGGCUAAAAGCCGAGGUGAAAGCCUCCGACUGCGUGGUUUGUCUCUGCGACUUCGAGUAUGAUGAAAUGGUCAGAUUGCUCCCUGAAUGCCACCAUGCAUUUCAUCCCGAGUGUAUCGACAUGUGGUUCUGUUCGCAUACUACGUGCCCGGUUUGCCGGACGAGCCUUGUGCCCGAGGGCAUUGAAACCCAAACGGAGGUGCCCCCGGAACAGGUGGCCAUUGUGAUAGAAGACGAUAGCGGGGUUUCGAUUAGUGAAGGGGCUCCGGAUUCAGGCCAUGAUUUGGUUGGGAGCUCGCUGAUACGGGUGCAGAAGGAUAUGCCGCAGGCUACGGAGUGGUACAUUGCUACUCCGGAGGGCCUCAUGCCCGGAAUGCACCGGAGCUGUAGUUUUAUAGGGAGGCAACGAUUCCAGAGCCUGCGUAGACUUAAGGCGGUGCGUUCUGGGUCGCAUAAGCCCGGACGUUCUGUGGGUAGUGUCGGGUGUGGAACGACGUCGGAGACUGUGGACAGCAUUUCUGAGAACCCGGCCUUGAUUUUCAGGACCUUUUCUGAGCGCAUUUCGGGUCCUUGCAGUGAAGAAGGUGGUGGUGGUGGUGGGGAGAAUGUGAUCAGGAAAAAACGGAUUUUUAGUAAAGCAAUUAGCGUUGAUUUUCAGGAUGUAUUGAAGAAGAGGACUUUCAGUUGGCUGGGCGGUGGAGAUCAAGAGGUGGCGGAGUUGUCGCAGAGUGGCCCUACUGCAGCUAAUGCAUAG